CACGUGGUAUUCUUCUUCUGCAACAGUGCACCAUACUCGCUCAUGCUUCCACUUGUGAUUUUGUGUCAAUUUCGGGUGUGAUUUUGCGUUCUACUUUGCGAUUUCUUGUCGAUUUAGAAGCAUUCAUCUUCAACAUUGAAACCAUUAAGGGUUGUUGAGAUUAAAAUCUGGGAGUUUGGAUAUUGGUUGCUAGUUUCUGGAGAAAUAUGUUGUAAUUGAAGGGAUGCGAUGGAGAGUCCUCAGUCUGUCAACAGUCCAAGGAGAACACUGAGUCUAUCAAGACAACGGAGGGCAACUGUGUCAUUUCUUGAUUCCGAUGACAAAAACAAACCUGCCUCUGGUUUAUCACCUGAUCAUGGCCCCAAGCCUUCUGAAGUUUAUGGUUUCGUCGGAUCUAUAACCACCGUUGUUGCUACAGUUAUUUUCUUGGUAUGGGCAUAUGUUCCAGAAUCAUGGCUACAUUCUAUUGGCAUAUCCUACUAUCCUAGCAGAUACUGGGCUUUGGCAGUACCAACAUAUGUGAUGGUGACCAUUGUAUUAAUGUUGGCAUUCUACAUUGGCCUUAAUUUCAUGUCAACGCCUUCUCCUGCGUCCAUAAACACAGUUUAUGAUGAAUUCAGCAGAGACCCUCUGAGUCAUGAUUUUUCAGAAGAGGGGGAUGAGAAGCCCAUUGAUCCCAUAUCUGAUAUUGGUAUAGACAGAAUCAAUGAUGCAAUGUUCAAUAAUUCAGCCUAACAAUAAGACAUUCAGAGCUGUUUCCAAAUUACAAUAUUAUGGUGGAUAUUCAGCCAAGCAGUUGCUACUGAUGUGUGUUUUCGCAUGAGAUUAUGAUGAUAUAGCUUUUAAACGUGAACUUUGGUUGAGUUGGUCAUUUGAAAGAGUGAUUGGAUUUUUAUAAAUCAUAAUAGUGAUUUUUUUGAGUAGUUA